GACCUCGUUUCCGUGUGUUCCAUGAAGUGCAUGGUGACACUAGCGCAUCUGUUCCGUCGGCCGUGGCCAUGAUAAGAUGCACCAUUUAACCCGAUCAGUCGAAGAUGGAAAAACUUGGCAGAACCUUCAAAUGUAUCUCAACUCUUCACACCUUUCUUUUCGUCCACAUACUUUCGAAAGCAAAUGCCAUGACAAAUACCUCGAACCUGCGAGUUGCGAUUGUGGGAGCUGGCUUGGCAGGGGGUGCAGCCGCUUUACACCUUGCUCGUAUACCGGGAGUCGACAUCACCGUAUACGAACGCUCAGACGAACCUCGGCAAACAGGAGCCUGGAUAGGCGUGACGCGGACUGGGCAGAGGAUUGUCGAGGAAAUUUGCGGUAAAGGUGUUCUCGAAGGUAUCUCGCACCAUCGAACUACCAGAGCACUAGUCAAAGAUCGUCUUGGUAACCUCGUCCGAGAUUCGAGUCACGAGGAAGACGAAAGGCGAUGGUCUUCGGCGACUGUCAGGCAGGAUCUCCAUCGUAUCCUCAUCGAGCGCAUCCCAAAGUCGAAGAUCCUUGGUGGGAAACGCGUGAAGGGAUAUCGAUCAUAUCCUGAUCGGGUGGUGGUUGAUUUCUGGGACGCGACAUCUGCGGAGUGCGACCUUCUGGUUGUUGCUGAUGGUAUCAAUUCGAGAAUCCGAAGACAGAUGCGACCCAAUGACAAGGUCACCUUCACUGGAGCAUUGGAAUACAUGAAGGUUUACGAUCGGGCUACCUUGGAAAAGCUGGUACCAAACCUUCCUACCCAGUUCACUAUGUGGGCGGAUGUCGGCGGGAGGGCGCUCGUUUGGAUGGGAGACGUCGGUUGCGGAAGAUUCUCUCUCAUUAUCGUCGUCCCGGAGCCCAAAGAUAAGGGGAAUAGCCUCAAAUGGGCAGAAGAGGCAGGGAAGGAUCGAGUCAAUCAUUUGAUCGAUUUCUUCAAGGACUGGGAUCCCUUAAUCAACAACAUCCUGCACCAAACCGGCGAUAUCCUAUUGUUCCCUAUCUGCCGAGGUACAUUCCUUGAGCACCUGACUGACGGAGAGAGGACUGUCUUUAUUGGUGAUGCUGCCCAUCCGACCGGUGGCGCGUAUGGAGCUGGCAGUAGCUUCGCUUUAGCAGACGGCAAGGCUCUAGGUAUGGCGAUCGAGUAUAUUUCGCAGAGGCACCAAAUAAAGGACCGUCUCUCGAUCCAAAAGAUCUUGUACCUAUACGACGAAACCCGUCGUCAUUUCUGCCAGAAAGUCUUCGAGCAGCUGGCCCGAGAGAUGUCGGGGGGAGAGGAAGAGGAUACGACUUGGCUGGCAGCGCAUGACCCACAAGAUGAGUUCCCAGACGCAGUGGCCAGACUGCAAGCACUCGAGGCGAAACAGGUCUUGUGGUCAUUGAAGGCAAUGAUAGAGGCAGAUCGGGUCGCGAACCGACAGAAGACGGAAAGGCUGGCUCAAAUUUUCGCCACUCGUGGUGAUCAUCUGAUUUCGUCGCCCGUCUAGGUUUGCUUCACAUAUUGGACUUUCCGUCUUUGUAGACUUGUGUAUCUCUUGCAUGGCAUGCACUUUCGAUUCUGGUAGAAGCAGAUUAGAUAUCUAAUUAAGUCAUCUAAGGCGAGCUUGAUCUAGCAGAUUCGGGCAGGGCCUAAUUAC